AUGAUCCAACCACGCAUGCUCUCCCGGGCCGACGAAGCCACGGCCGGUAGUGAAGAUAAUGAAGUUCGUCGCGAGGACCAGGAGAAGAUUAACCGGUUCAGUCGGUUGCAUCAGCGGGAGACGGUGCUUGAGGAGCAGUUGAAAGCGAAGCAGAAAGACAAGGAAGAUCUCGAAGAAGUCUCCAUGGAACUUGAACUCGCGGAUGAGGACGAGCUUGUCCCCUACAAAAUCGGCGACUCCUUCUUCCAACUCCCCCUCGCAGACGCCCAAGCCAUGCUCGAGACCUCCACGGCGCAAAUCGACGCCGACGUGUCCAAGCUAGAGGAUUCGCUGGGUGAGUUGCGUGAGGAGCUACAGAAGCUCAAGGUUUCGCUGUAUGCGCGGUUCGGAAGGAGCAUUAAUCUGGAGACUUAA